AACAGUGUGUAAUACUGUUAGUAGCACAGCAUUUUAUAAAUUGUUUUCUUCAGGUUUAAAAAAAUGUCUGAAUUCAGCCAAAAUUCUGACCAGGAAGUCAGAAUCGAGGACAUUGAUGAAGAUGAAAUCUUAGGAAACUUAUCCCCUGAAGAGCUGAGGGAGCUCCAAUGUGAAAUGGAAGUCAUGGCUCCAGACCCAAGAGUCCCAGUUGGAAUGAUACAGAAAGAUCAGACUGAAAAGCCUCCAACAGGAAACUUUGACCACAGAUCUCUUGUUGAUUACCUGUAUUGGCAGAAGGCAUCAAGACGCAUGCUAGAGGAUGAGAGAGUUCCCGUCAACCUCUUGCCAUCUGAGAGAAACAUUGCAGAGAAGUUUGAAGAAAAUGCUGGGGAUACGGACGAUAUUGCUAACAAAAAAAUGGCAGAAGAUACUACAGAAGCAGACAAAAAAGAAACGUAUUACAAAAACGAACUUGUUGAACAGGCAAAACCUGGUUCAGCACAACAAUCAGGAGAAACAAAUGAAGAGAGAAGCUAUAAAGAGACAGAAGAUGAGGAAGAGGAUGACGAUGAUGACGAGGAGGAGGAAGAUGAUGACGAGGAAGAAUCAAGAAUGAAGAAGACAUAUGGAGAUGAAAACAGCAACAAUGAUCAGGUAACUAAGAAGCCAUGUACAAAAUCAGGGGGAAAUCCAGAAAACCAAGAAAACAAUGAAAAGAAAGUAUCAAAACUACAAAUUCCAAAGAAGUUAGCUGUAGAUACUAGCUUUAUUAAGUUAAGUGCAAGACCUUCAGGAAACCAAACCAAUUUAGAUGAAAACUUGCAGAAGGUCCGAAAAAACGAUCCAGAUGUGAAGGAACUCAAUCUGAACAACAUUGAAAACAUCCCAAAGGAAAUGCUGGUGGACUUUGUGAAUGCCAUGAAAAAAAAUAAGCAUGUAAAAACAUUUAGUUUAGCCAAUGUAGGAGCUGAUGACAACGUAGCUUUUGCUGUGGCCAACAUGUUACGUGAAAACAGGAGCAUCACUACUCUAAAUAUUGAUUCAAAUUUUAUCUCAGGCAAGGGAAUCGUUGCGAUCAUGAGAUGUCUGCAGUAUAAUGAGACAUUAACUGAACUGCGUUUUCACAAUCAGAGGAACAUGUUGGGCCAUCAAGCUGAAAUGGAAAUUGCCAGGCUUCUGAAAGCCAACCCUAAGCUGCUGAAGAUGGGCUAUCACUUUGAACUUCCAGGCCCCAGGAUGGUUGUUACCAAUCUGCUCAGCAGAAAUCUUGACAGACAAAGACAAAAAAGGCAGGAGGAGCAAAAACAGCAGAAAUUAAAAGAGCAGAGAGAGUUAAUAGCUGUGUUAGAAAAUGGACUGGGGUUGCCUCCUGGGAUUUGGGAAAUGCUAGGGGGACCAAUGCCUGAUUCAAGGAUGUAUAGCUCAAUACAAGCCCCCAAGCCUCCACCUGUCCCUAAAACUAUGUCCAUGAGCAGGAAAAAUGAACAUGCAAGAAAGCCAGCCCCAGAAGAACAGAACAGUGAAGAACCUGCCUCCUUCAAAAUGGUCAAACUCAAGAGAACUCAGCGCAAGCCCACUAUACCAGAAUACGUGGAACCAGCUGAAAAAACAAGUCUCAAAGAUGUGAUCAAGACUCUCAAACCAGUUCCAAAAAAACGACCACCUCCUCUUGUUGAGAUAACCCCAAGAGAAAAGCUCUUAAAUGACAUUCGUCAGAGUAAUGUCGCCUAUCUUAAACCGGUGCCAGUGCCAAAAGAGCUAGAGUGAAACACCAGAGUCUCCUGAAGGAAACAACUUGAAAUAAAGACUAUUCAAGUUUCACUUACAAUGGUUUCAAAGGAUGCUUUCUUCAGAAGCCAAGGGGUAGAUACGAACACGUGGGAACAAUGCUUGUAAUAUGCAGUCUGUUGAUACGACGACGAAAAAGGGUGGAAUGGAACAAGUCAAUGCGAAAAGGAUUUCCAUCAGCCAUCAAGUAACCAUGAUGCCCUGGUAUAAUCUCUGUUUUCCAGUUGGAUUCUAGUCUCCAGUUUGUCCAGAGGUAUUUGCCCAGCAACAGCAAUAACUUAACAAGUUUUACAGAUUCAGUCAGUGAACUCUAUUGCUUAUGUGGUACUUUCUGCUGUUAAAUUCUCCUGCAACAAAUAGUGCCCUGUUGUGACUCUCCUUUUUCACAUUGCUGUAUGCCACUGCUUUUUUUUUUUAAAAACUAAGAACACAUGAUUUCUAUCUACUUAUAUUUUCAGUCCAGAAUUUUCAUUUUUAGACUGAGGAAACAUUUCACACACAAAAAGAGCAAAAAUGCCCUGUCUAGGAGAGAGCACAGUGUGCAUUUCUUCCAUGACAAACUGCAGUAGUUCUGAGAACAAAAUGGCUGCAAACAGGCAGAGUUCUUAGAAACUUAAAGGGACAGGACACCGGAAAAAAAAGCAAGUCGUAACAGUUUCAAACUUCAUACUCCAUAGAAUGUGUUCUGGCAAGUAUUCUGUCUGGUUAGCAUUUAAAACAUGAAGCCAUGAGCUGUUUUGGGAGCUGUGCGAUCAUUAUUCUCCUGGCAGAUUCUCUCUGUCCUUGCUGUAACCCUGAACUGUUUCACCACCCCCAUGCUUCAAGCCACACAUUGCAGUCACCUUCUGAGAAUAGAACCGGACUGUUUCAGAUGUCCUUCAAUACUCCUGAUUUAACUGGCCACGGUUGCUGCUACUGAGUAUUGUUGGGCCCUUGCCCUCUUCCCUCUGCUUGGGACUCAAACUGCCUGCCAGUUUGAGGAAGGAACUGAAUGUCUCGCUUGCAUGGCGAUGCCAGUGCAGCGCUCUAGAUGGAGGUAACUGUACCCGCCCAUCCUUGCACAACUUAAUGGUUUUAAAAUAUUCAGAUGGGGAAAAAUGCUUUAAAUGGUCAAAGAGACUAAAGCAUGUGAAAUCCCCCUGAGUUUCUCUUAUCUUUAAGGAAUCUCUCUUUUCUGGAUGCUUUCCCUUUGCUACCAGGCAUGCUGUUGUAUACCCCCUACUUCAGUCUGUUUGCACCAGCCUAGCCAUUCUUUCUCUCUUGUUGGUUACUCUCUGCUUGAUUCCCUAUCUGCCAACUCUCCUCUUGCUCCCCACAAAACUUCACUCCAUGCAAACAACCUCACCAAGUCCAUUAACGACCUACUCUACCUCUCGUAGCUAAGACACAGGACUGGGUCUUGCUCUUUAUUCCCUUCUUGGUCUUCCUACUGCUGCUACUCAAGUUCCUCCUCUUCUUGUCUGCAUGUCCUUGGCUAUUCAAUAACCUGAUUUCUUUCUGCCAUUUUUUUGGUUUCUCCUCAUCCUUCCCUUCUUGCUCAAUAUCACCAAAACUCUACAAAAAUCUUCUGCCCUCCAGCUUCCAUUUCUAUUACACAAUCCGUGCUCCCUUCCCAAACCGCUUUUCUCCUUCACAGCUUCAUAUCCUACUGCUUCCACAUAGGGAACAGUUGCCUUCUUCAUGCCAUCAACCCUCUCCUUUCAAACCCACCCAUCCAACUUUGUUCAAUUCCCUUCCUCCUACUGUCUGAUUCCCUUAAGGCUCUUGGGGGGGGGAAAGGCAUAUGCAGGUGGGGUGCUCGAUUUAUUGUCUAUAAGGUACUGUAUGAAUUUACAAAGGGAUUUUUUAAACUAUGAUUCAACAUUGCAUGUGCAAUUGUUGAGAGGAAAACAUAGUUUUACUUUAUUUCUCAUUUA